GAGCUGCCUUUUCGAGGACUUUUCUCUUUUAAGGACGCAAACACCUACUACACACGGCCCACCAUGGAAUUCAGAGCUCUGUUUGCCAAGAUGAAAACUGAAAGCGAAGGCUCCAGACAUCUGCACGGAGACUUAUCUUUGGUUAGAAAACUCACCAGCGAGGAAAAGCUAGCUCAGCAGGAUUACGAGCUGCAAACUUCAACAGUCUCCAAAUUGCGCUGUGUGCACUUCCGAAACUACGAAAUAGACACGUGGUUCAAGUCGCCGUAUCCGCAACAGUACUCGUCCAACUACGUGUUGCAUCUGUGCGAAUACUGCCUCAAGUACUUUUCGUCCUCCUUUACGCUGCGACGACACGAAAAAAAAUGUCCCUACUCGCAUCGGCCGCCGGGAACAGAAAUCUACCGGGAAUCCCGCUUAGCUAUGUUCGAAAUCGACGGCCGCAAGAACGUGGUGUAUUGCCAGAAUUUGUGUUUGUUUGCCAAACUCUUCCUUAACUCGAAGACGCUCUAUUACGACGUUGAGCCGUUUAUGUUCUACCUUUUGUGCGAAAUUGACGAAGAUGGGUAUCACUUUGUCGGCUAUUUCUCUAAAGAAAAGCUGAACGGAACCAACUACAAUCUGAGCUGCAUUCUAACCCUGCCCAUCUAUCAGAGAAAAGGUUACGGAAAUUUUCUAAUAGAUUUUAGUUAUCUUCUAUCUCGCAGAGAGUUCAGGCUUGGCACCCCGGAAAAACCACUUAGCGAUCUGGGACUGUUUAGCUACCGGAACUACUGGAAGAUAUCUGUUGCGAAAGCUCUCAAGAUGCUUGUGGAAGCGGACAAGGCACACCAAAUCUCGGUGGACGAUAUUUGCAACCUCACAGGUAUGAUUCACAACGACGUCAUAGUUGGGCUCGAGCAACUCAAGGCCCUUGUUAGAGAUCCGGAAACAAAAAAAUACGGUAUUUGGAUAGACAUGGAACUCGUCAACAGGGUUCUCGCCGAGUGGAAUGAAAAGAAUUACGUCCAGGUCAAACAGGAGCGCUUACUUUGGAAACCCGUGAUUUUAGGGCCUUCCGGAGGAAUCAACACUACGUCCACUAUGGUCCUUACUACUGACCGCGAAAACGACGAAAAAACGUCUAUGUCAAACAUCUCGCUAAUCAUCAAUUUCCUGCGCGACGACCUCGAAGAC